AUGCUCAAAUCCAACCGAACGGCCGGUGCUCCAGCUUGGCCAGAUCGUGUCUGCUUGUCUCGACCUGCUCAGAUCGUCACGACAUGUCAGUCAACCGUUUGCUCGUCCCUUGCACCCCCACACACACAACUUGUACAUUCGACCCGACCUCAACCGGUCCUGUCUGGUUUGGUACCGACCAGCCUGGACUUUCGAGGCACCUCCAAGACGGCCAUCUUUCUUGGCCAGACGCCACAGACUCCCCGAGCCUGA